AAAUUCAAACCCCCCACCUCCCAAUCUCUCACACCUUCCUUCUUCACUAUUCUUCAAUCUUCUUCUUCCCAAAUUUUAAAUUUUGAAAUCACCCCCUCUCUUUUCAACAUGAAUCCUUCCGGCUCCGGCUUCUUUCCCGACAAUCUCGCGCCAAGCGACGCCGCGAUGUGGUAUUACCAAGAGUUAGGCGAUCAACCGCCGAUCUACGAGACACAACAAUCGGGGUACGUCGAGCGAGAUUCAGUUCCGGAGACUCAACCAGAACCGACCGGGUCGAAAAAAAGUUCGGAGCAAACGAAGGAUGCGAUGUGGGAUCGUAUCGAGGAGAAGUUCUUCACGGCGAUGAACAAGGACGGCUCCUACCGAACCCGGAACCAACUCACUUCCAAAUGGAGCCACAUCAACCGUAAAGUCCGAAAGUUUAUCGGAGUUUAUGAGGAAUGCUCCCGGUCCCAGAGGAGCAGGACGAACGACAUCGAUGUUCUCCGGCUUGCCACGGCUCGGUAUCAAGACGGCGUGCACCAAGACAAGGUGUCCAUCGAUAUUUGGAGGAUUUUGAGCCGUUCCCCAAAGUGGCAACAACUCAACAAUCCCGACGGUGGAUCGUUCCAUAAAAGAUCCCCCGUCGACGCCGAGGUUGAGGUCGACGACACUAUCGGUUCGUCCGAUCAAAUCCCUCCCUUCAACGUUGCGGAUUCCGAUGAAGAGGACCCCAUUCCACGGCCAAUUGGAAGAAAGAAGGCAAAAUCCAUUGCCUCGGGUUUGGGAGGAUCUGGCUCUGUUUCCGUUUCUUCCUGCGACGAAAUCGGCCGGGAAAUGGUUGAACAACUUCAGACGUUCAAUCUCCGAGAACAAGAGUGGUUGAAGCUAAAGGAGAAGGAGUUGAAGCUAAAGGACCAAGAGGCCGAGAUGAAAGUCAUGGAAACCGACCUUUCAAUAUAAUUAAAUAAUAAAUUAAUUAUAUUUUA